CCAGCUUUUUUCGAAUUGGUUUUGUGCUUUCAGUGUUUUGGAUGAUAUUGGAUGACAUCUGGCUUAUCCUGAAAUGAACUGUAGAUUUGUCUUCACGUUUCACAUUAUUGUUCUUAGGUCUAUCUAUCUAUCAAUGUGGUAUUUAUAUAUACAUGGUUGAUAAUGACCAUUGCUUUUGUUUCUGUUGGUGGGCGUGGCCGUGUGUCUUGCAUCAAACCCACACAUUUCUUCUUGAACAUUUCCUCUGAUUUGUCUUGUAUUGGUCGAAUUGCUGGGGGCCAAUAUCUAUCAUCUUCUUCUUCAUUUAAAUCAUCCCAAAUCAUUUUCUCUCAAUGGGUAUAUGAAAGUGAACAACUCAAGCCCAUCCUUCCCUUUCAAACCCUUAUUCAAAAGAAGGCCAGCCUGGAUCAUGACCCCUGCAAGUGUUGUAUUCCAUAUGCCUUUUUGAAGUCUUGAUUUUAGUGAGAUCACAUGGAGUUGGUUAAAUGUUCCUCAUAUUGUUUAGUUUUCUGUACCUGUCUUUCUGAUUCUGCUCAAUAUUGUAUUUUCUCGAUGUCUCUCAGGUUAUUCUUCUAAGGAGAAGUGGAACAAAUAUUUGAGCUGAAAAGAUUCUGCGCAAUUCCUGUGUUUUUUUUGUAGCCAUAGCAACAGCUGAUACUAGCUGCACCAUUUUCUAUAAUCAUGAGAUUUUGACAUUAGUUGAUCACAAUGGGUGGUUGUGUAUCAUCACAAGCUAAGCCAAACAAACAGUUAAAACUAGGGAAGGUCAAGAGGAAGCACCAAGGUCGGUCCAAAAAACAUCAUCCAGCCGUCGUUGCAGAUGGAACCAGAAAAAGGAAUAGCAAUGCCGGGGCUCGAGUGUCAGAUUCUUCCAGAAAUUGCCUAGAAGAAGCAUGGUUCGACACAAACAGCAUACUCGAUGAUUCUGACUCUGACUCGGAUGACGACUUUAGCAGUGUCCAUGGAGAUUUUGUCCCCAACAUUUCAAAUGGACAAGCAACUCCAAAUGAAAAAAUAGAGACUUUAAUGAGCAAAGACGCGUCAAAGGAGCCAAACGCAUAUGCAGUAGCACCUGCCCAAGGAAAAAAUCUUCCGAAUAUAGUUAGAAAAGGCUUGGAUCGAGCGUAUUUCAGUUUUAACAACAGAGGGAGAGACACCAAAAAUGACGUGGAGGAGAAAGCUCCCGACAACUUAUUUAAGUCUGUCCUACCCCGGCUGGUUCCUUCAGUAAGUUUCAACAAUGCAAUAAGCCCAGGUCGGCAAUCUCAAAGAAGGAAAUCUUCAGUUAUCCGGCUCUCUUUUAAGAGGAAAUCUGUCGAUGGAGAAGAAUCAAAUGAAAUUUGUACGUCGACAAAGGUCCUUUUUCAUCCCAGAGCUGGGCUAAUGAUUCCCCUUUGCACUGACUUGAAGCCGGUUUCUGGAAGUUGGUCUGAGAUUGAGCCCUCAACCUUUAAGCUGCGUGGAAAUAACUACUUCAAAGAUAAGAAGAAAUCCCCUGCACUGAACGAUGCUCCAUAUACUCCAAUCGGUGUGGAUUUGUUUGCGACCCAAAAAAAGAUUAACCAUAUUGCGCAACACCUCAAGCUGCCUUCCCUGAAAGCAGACGGGAAAGUACCACAACUGCUAAUCAUUAACAUUCAGCUGCCAACUUACCCUGCACCCAUGUUUCUUGGCGAUAGCGAUGGGGAGGGCUUGAGCCUCGUGCUAUACUUCAAACUUUCUGAGAGCUUUGAGAACGACACAUCGCCCCAAUUUCAGGAUAUGUUCAAGAGAUUUGUCGAUGACGACAUGGAGAAAGUUAAAGGAUUUGCGAAGGAUUCAACAGUUCCUUUCAGAGAAAGGUUAAAGAUCAUGGUCGGUGUGGUGAACCCCGACGACCUUGUCUCAAGUUCUACCGAAAGAAAACUUCUCCAUGCAUACAACGAAAAGCCAGUUCUAUCUCGCCCUCAGCACGAGUUUUAUCAGGGCCCGAAUUACUUCGAAAUUGACCUCGACAUCCACCGCUUCAGCUACAUAGCAAGAAAGGGAUUCGAAGCGUUCCGCGAGCGCCUUAUGACCGGAAUACUCAAUCUCGGAUUAACCAUUCAGGCGCAGAAACCCGAAGAACUCCCGGAAAGAGUCCUCUGCUGUGUGAGACUGAACAAGAUUGAUUUUGUCAACCACGGGCAAAUACCGGCGCUGGUAAUCAGGUCUGACGACGGCUGAUAGCCCAAACCCGACGCCUCCCCGCUACCCGACAGACCAGUGGCAGCCAAACAGGCCUCUGCCCGCCCCAAUGUAGCUGCAGAUAGGGACAGUGUGUGUAACUGCAAAAUUGAUGUGAUACUGAUUCUUGAAUAACAUGUUAUGCAUCAGAAUGUGGUUUUCAGACACUGUAAUGCUUAUGGAGCGUAUAUAUGCUCGCUAGUUAGCUGUAGAAUGUGUAAAGAUCGAACCCUAUGUUGCUUGAUCAGCUGAUUGUCUUGUCUCAGAUGGGAAUAAAAAUUGAAUGGUUUAAAUCUA